AUGGCCUUCCACCUACCGUUUGCAAAAUUGCUGGCCGCGUUGACUGUGUUGACUUACGUGCAAACUGACACGCCUGCCGGCUGGAUUUUAGCUGACCAUGCAACCGUUAGCUAUGGUAGCCCAAAUGGAGCCAAUUUCACAUUUGGCAAACGUAAAGAUGCGCCCUACAUAUGGACUCGCUUCUAUAUUCUGUUUGGUCGCAUAGAGGUUGUUUUGAAAGCAGCACCUGGGUCUGGUAUCAUCACUGGAGCGGUCAUGAUGUCCGAUGACCUUGAUGAGAUUGACUGGGAAUGGUCUGGCAACAACUUUGCCCAAUCGACCGGUCAGGUUCAGACGAAUUUUUUUGGCAAAGGUAUUGCUGGUACCUAUAGUAGAGGAACAGCACCACAGGUUGAUGAGCCUCAGGACCAGUUUCAUACUUAUGCCUUGGACUGGACCCCUGACGCUCUGACCUGGUCCAUCGAUGGGAAGAACGUGCGAACGCUCAACAACAAUCAUCUCACCUAUGGAGAGUGGCAAUACCCACAAACACCUUCACGGCUACAUAUAGGUCUGUGGUGCUCAGGAGAUAACGAAACUAACAGCUGGGGCACAAUCGGAUGGGGUGGUGGGCCCACCGACUUCACCAAGCUACCCUAUAGUGCGUACGUCAAGUCCGUCAACAUCACAACUCCCAACCCUUGCUCGAGUUGGAAGUAUCCAACCCCUUUUGACGGCCUUUAUAACUCUGUUCAAUGCACAAAUGAAACCAUCUCUCUUCCUUGCACUUACUCCGUCGUUGCAGGGGAUGAUGGGUACAAGAUUGCGAAGAACUUGACUGUCAACUUCGAGAACCUAAAGGCAGUGAACCCAGGGAUUAACUGGGACGUACUUCAGCUGGACCAGGCUCUGAAAGUUCCCGGAGGAAAUUGUACCACGUCUUCGAAUACUGUAUCUGUUUCAACGUCAAGCUCAUCUGUCAACACGUCGACCACAAGUUCCAUGGGGAGCUCAACGGAUUCCUCUUCCAUCGUAUCAUCAAGCUCUCUGACACCUCCUGGUCGUACCUCCGCGAGCUCCUCCAGCUCAUACCCAUAUUUCAUUGUCCAAGACGACGUCGUCCUCGAGCGCAAGUUCGUUUUCUACCCCCUCUAG